CUAAAUAUGAAUAUUUCAUCAUUGAGAGUGGGUAUAAAUAUUUAUACUUCAUUCGAUAAAUAAUAAUUUCGCUACUAAUAAAAUGUUUUCAAUUUUUAAACAUAUUAACUGUGCUUCUAUUGCUGUUCGUCAUCUUGAGAGGUAGGUUGUUCAAAAGAUCUUUAUAAAACAAGGAGAUGUGUUAUGAUUUCCAAUGAGACAAUAAUCCAUAGACCAAACUUGAAAGAUAUGAACAGCUCACCGUACGAACUUAAACAAUGAGCAAAAACCAUAACGUAUGAAGCUUUAAAAUAUGACAAAGACUGUUUCCAGGUGCUAAAAAUGUUCUUAUUUUCAGGGAUAAAUGUGAAUUAGAUCCAAAUCGUUGUCCACCAUUUAACUGUGAAUCCAAAUGUUGUGAUGGUUUUACUCUGGACGGUGACGAGGACGAUGUCUGUGUACCCAAAAACUACACAAAACCAAUGUUUCACGACUGUCCAAGGGAAGGACAAAAUGUAUACCUUUACGUAGGUCCUUCAAUCAACAUGAUAUUUCUGUACAAAACAUUUCAUGUUUCUGAUUGGAAAGGAAAUCAACUUAAAACAACAUUGUCAAGAACUGUUUUUAGUCGAUGCGAGUGUUCAGGGCCUCAGGAGGAGGAGGUUGAAGCAACAGCUACAGAUGAGUUCGGAAAUGAGGCUGAAUGCCUGUUUACUGUAUCCAUUAUUGAUAAUAUUCCACCCGUUAUAAGAUAUUGUCCGAAACGUCAAACCAUGAAUGAAAACGACAACAUUGUAUGGACAGCUCCAACAAUACGAGACAAUGUGGGAUUGGAAACUUUAUAUACACCUAACCAGUAUAACAAUACAAAGUUUCUACCUGGACUAUACACUCUGAUCUAUAAUGCUACUGAUUAUUCUGGUAAUUCAGAAAUCUGCAGGUUUCAAAUCCGUGUUUACAGUACAGAUUAUUAUGUAAAGUAUAAAAAGAGUACCGAUCCAUCCAUGGUUAUAAGUAGUGCAAUUGUAGGAGUAUUAUUUAUUACACUGAUAGUGAUGGCGCUAGCAAUGUACCGUCUAUGUAAAAAGCGUCGACAGCUAAACAGUACAGGCGGUCGUCCUAAUAGCCAAGUCACAAGGUCGGCUACGACACAAGGAGAAACACAUGACAAUCCUGUCUUUACAAUUUAUAACAAUGAUCCUCCGCCAUAUGACAUUGCUACAUAUGAUAAGCUACCAGACUACAGCCCACCUAUAUUUCCGCCGUCAUAUGAAGAAGUUCAAAGUUCAACGCAGAUCAAUCUUGGUGAAGAUAAUCUUGUAUGUUCGAUUACAGAAAGUUCUACUGAGGAACCGGAUGAGGGAUCUUCACCGUCGCAGAUGAUUGUAGAUUAUUCACAGGAGAGCAAUACUGGAAAACAUGUCAAUACUGUUUCCAAAACGACUGAAAAUAACACUUCAGUGCAACAGUCACUGCAACAGUCACUGCAAAGAGAUCUGCAUCCGACAGUGCAUGGAAACAUGCAGUUGGACCACGUGAAUCUCCAGAUAAACUCAAAUAGCAUACAAACUGAUAUCUGACAGUAUUGAAGCUGUCGCAGUUUACUAAGAAACAAAAUUUUAUAAGCAGAUCAAAGUUUGAAUUAAACGGGCACAAUGAACCUUAGUUUCAUAGGUUGACUUAAAUUAUGCAAGAAAAUGUUUAAGAAUCUCAUUUAAUCGAACAUAUGUAAAACAGUCCAUAAAAAGAAUCUUUGACAUCAAUCAAAUGCACCAACAGAAUAAAUACCAGUAUACAGCAAAACUAUUUCCUUUAAUAUGAUAGUCUUAUUUACUCAAAG